CGUUUUAGCCACUUUUUAUAAUGAACUUAAAUGUUUAAGUUAAUAAGUUUUUCCUCUUCCAAAUUAAUCAAAAAUUUUCAGUUAUGGAUAAUUUACUCGUGAGAAAAGUGUGGCAUCGCUAAUUCAAUUUAGCGAUAACAAACAAUCGAUUAAAAUGUAUCAUUUGUAUGUGUAUACUAUUCCUAGUUAAAAAGCGCUCUAUAUUCAAAGCUAUUGCCGUGCAAGAUUUUGUUCGCUUUAGAAAAUGGACAAGUAAAUAUUUGAUAAAACAACAGCAGGUAACAACCAAUGAGCACCAGGAGGAUGAAAGUGACUCAGAUAGUAGUCCAGAUGAAGCCACAUGCAGCAAAACUACAAAAAAGUACCAGCAGAAAUUGCGAGGAGCGUGGUUAGCAGAUAAACGCUUACAAAAUUGGCUUGUUCAAGAUGGAGCCUACGUUCGUUGUAAGUAUUGUAACUGUCGUCUUAAACCAAAAGUGUAUGGACUCCUAAAGCACGCGAAAAGCAUGAAGAACCUUGCUGCAGCUUCUCCAUUUGCGAGUGGAAACCAGACGAAACUUACAUACAAAGCGAUAGUGAGUGACGAGACCUGCAAGGCUGAGCUAGCGAAUGCAUUAUAUGUAGCAUCACAUACUUCGAUUAGGAUUAUUGACCACUUGACACAGCUUCAAAAAAAUGUUUUUCAAGAUAGUUUAAUUGCCAAAAAUAUGCAACUACGGCGAACAAAAUGUGGUGGUGUGAUAAAAAAUGUCUUAUAUCCCUACUUUAAAAAUAUCUUAAUGGAAGACAUAGGCAAAAAUAAAUUCAGUUUAAUCAUAGAUGAGUCCACCGACAUUUCCGUCAAGAAGUAUUUGAGUAUUGUCAUCCGUUAUUAUAGCGCUAAUAAUGGCAGCAUUGUGAACACAUUUUUGAAACUGCAACAUUUAACUGACUGCACUGCAACGGGAAUUGUAGGAGCUGUUGAAAAUGUGUUGCGAGAAUAUCGUUUGAGUUUUAAAAAUAUGGUUGAGUUAGGGACCGAUAACGCAAGUGUUAUGGUUGGCGUAAACAGGGGUGUAAUUGCCCGUGUAAAAGAACGAAAUCCCUUUAUAACACUGGUACCAUGUGUAUGCCAUUCAAUACAAAUUGCAGUUUCAACCGCUACAAAAUGUUUGCCUAAUGAUGUUGAAUUUAUGGUUGGAGAAACUUACAAUUGGUUUUCCAAGUCUUCAUCCAGGCAGAAACACUAUGAAUCAAUUUUUCGGGCAAUAAAUGAUGAUACUAUACCACUAAAAAUAACCAGAGCCUGUGACACUCGAUGGCUUUCCAUAGAGCCGGCUAUCAAAAGAAUCGUUGACCAGUGGGUGGAAUUAAAAUGUCAUUUUGGCAUAGCUGCUAUAUCCGAGUCCUGUCACAAGGCGAAAAUUCUGUCCGACAUGUUCAAUGACAUUAACUUAGCUUAUCUAAAAUUUCUCAAACCGAUAUUAUCUGAAGUUCAAAAAGUGAACAAACUGUUUGAAUCGAAUGGGGCAGACCCAACCAAAUUAUUUUCAGAACUUGUAAGAUUAAUUACCAGUUUAUGUAAUAACAUCGUGUGUCAUUUUGAGACUUUCGAUCCUUUAACAUCAAAUAUUGAAAAAUAUUUAACGCCGUUUCCAUACUACCACUAUAGCUUUGAAGAACAUAUUCGAAUUAAAAAAGAAAAUAAUACGCUGAACGAUAAUAUAGAAAAGACCAUACGAAUUACCUGCAGAGAUUUUAUUUUGAAGUUGGUUUAUCAAUUGCGGCAACGUUUACCACAAAAUAUUGAAACAUUACGAAAACUUGAAUUCCUUUCUGCCGAAAAUUCGCUAAAAAUUGUAAAGCAGGAUAUGUUUAAGUACUUUUCGGAUUUGAAAGUCCGGUAUAGUGAGACUGAAAUUGAAAAUAUCGAAUUGCAAUGGAAAAAUAUAUGUUCUUAUCCAUGGAAAAAUGUAAAUAAUACGCUAGAUUUUUGGUCCGAGGUUCGACAGUUUAGAAAUGCAGUUGGUGAAAAUCCUUUUAAUGAACUAACUGAUUUUGUAUAUUGUUUGCUGCUUUUGCCACUUAGCAAUGCCGAAGUGGAAAGAACUUUUUCCGCAAUGAAUAUUGUUAAAACCAAACAUCGAAACAAAAUGAGUUUUGCAAUGUUGAAUGCAAUUUUAGCUAUAAGAUAUGGCUUAAAGAACGUACAAAAAUGUUGUAAUGAUUUCGAAAUAACAGAAGAUCUCAUUAAAUUAAUGAAGAAAGAACCGCUUUGUGAAGAGGAAGAAUCAAUUAGUGAUGACGAUAAUAUAAUAGAUAUAGAAUGUGAUAUCUAACUUUUUUGUUUUUAGGAAAAGUUUAAAUAUGAGUUGUAUUAACUUUGUAUAAAUUUAUGCAAAUUUUUUUGUUUUUUACAUUGUAUGUAAAUACUUUUG